AGAAGCCACAGCGCCGCCUCUUCUCUCGCGUCUUCCUCUCCGUGGCCGCCGCCUCUUCCUCCGCCUCCUCCUUAGCCUCUUCCUGCCUCCUCCCGGCUUCCGCCGCCGCCGCCGCUCCAGCCGAAUCCCAGCCCCGGGGCGAAGCGUCUCUUUAUUUAUUUACGUUUUCUCGCCACUGCAGCCGCCAGACACGGUGAUCCGGGCGGGCCCCGCAGGAAUUUUAUCCCCUCACCGGCCUCACACUAGUAUCGCAUGUCCACUAUCCAGAACCUCCAAUCUUUCGACCCCUUUGCUGAUGCAACUAAGGGUGACGACUUACUCCCGGCAGGGACUGAGGAUUACAUUCAUAUAAGAAUCCAGCAACGGAACGGCAGAAAGACACUGACUACUGUCCAGGGCAUUGCAGAUGAUUAUGACAAAAAGAAACUUGUGAAAGCUUUCAAAAAGAAAUUCGCCUGUAAUGGUACUGUGAUUGAACAUCCUGAAUACGGAGAGGUUAUUCAGCUUCAAGGUGACCAAAGAAAAAACAUUUGCCAGUUUCUCUUGGAGGUUGGCAUUGUCAAGGAGGAACAGCUUAAGGUUCAUGGAUUCUAAAAUGAACCUAAAUACGUGGAGAAUUUCUUGAAUAAUUUUGUUCUCUAAACCCAGUUUGGCUGCCUUGUGAAAUGAUUCUCUGCAGUAAAUGGACUUUUCAUGUAUUUAAUCAUUCAAACUCCCAUUCACACCUGCAUGAUUACAGAAAACAUGGGGUAUGUAGGUUAGUAACACAUAAGAAAAUGCAGUAAGAUGGUAAUGAAACCCCGGUAUUCAUCUUAACAUGUUUCCAAUGGAAAAUAUUUUGUUUUGAGUGUUUAUUUGUGUUAUUGUUCAGUUAUUUUUUUUCACUUGAUCAAAUGUUUUUUGUUGUAUUAAACCAUGUAUGUUGCAGCUUAACAAUAAAGAAACAUCUAUGAAUCCUUUGUGAGCAAUUAGGCUCCCAAAUCUAAGCAAGUAAAUACACAUAUUUCGUCUUUCA